CAUGCAAACCUAAGUUGCUCGAGUCAUGUUCAGCGGCUAUGGCAGAAUCCUGCUUGGUGUUGCCUGGGCGCUAGCGCUCGUGCGCUUCCCGACCGCCUGGCCUGAACUGCUCUUGGCGGCCCUGACGCUUCCGCUGAGCUGGGCGAGCGGCGGCGGCGCCGCGCCGGCGGCGGCGCCGGCGGCUUCGGCGACGCUGCAGGGCUGGCGGGGAGCUGCGGUGGAGGUGAUGUUGAUUCCCUUCAUCCUUUUCUUCAAGCAGACGUCGCCUCUUUCGGAGAUCUGCUGCGCCGUCCUUCUGGCAGACGCCCUGCGCGGGGUCUGCUUUCGUGAGACGGAGGAGCUGACUCCCGAGUCCGCCUCCAGAUCGCGGCCGGAAGGAGUCCCAAAGGAAAGCCCAGAUGCAGCCACCACAAAGGACGCUGCGCCAGCCUCGGCAAAGGAAGCGCCAGCAUUGGCGACGGAGGCAGAGAAGGAAGGUGAUCGCAAGCUCGGCAAGUUGGACUCUUCACUCUGGGCAGACUUGGAGGAUGAGGACGACUUCCAGCGGAAGCUGGCAGCCCAAGUUGAGGCGCCGCGCACGCGCGCCUCCGCGCCGGAGCGCCCGAGCUUCGAGGCGCCGAAGGCGAUGGAGCCAGCCACGGAAGCUGAAGCAGAAGCAAGGAAGGGCAAGAAGCAAAGGAAGAAGAAAGAAGGCGCACGGAAAGAAGAUACGGGCAAUCCGUGGGCCGCGCGGGUCCGCGGGUGCGGCAAAGUCCAGGACCUCGAGGGCGCUCUGCAAGUGGUGGAGGAGGCCAUGGCGGCCGGCAUCUCCGGUCGCCAGCACCAGGAGCUUCAGAACGCGCUGCUGCACGCGUUGAUUCAAUGUGGCGACGCUGCGGGGGACACGGCCCUGGAGUUGUUCAAUCAGCUGAAGGCUGAGAAGAAGGCAGACGUGGUGACUUUCAACAUCAUGCUGCGAUCUUUGCUCUGCGCGGGCAAGCGUGAGGAGGCACAAGCCCUCCUGAAGGACAUGGAGGAGCAUGGGCUUUCGGCCAACAAGGUGACAAUUACGGAGUUGCUGAGCGAUCGGGUGAGAGCGGAGGACGAGGAGGGUUUGUGGCGCAUUGUGGACUGGAUGCAGAGCACCGAGUUCGGCGUCACUAACGCAGCCUGCUCGAUUCUGCUGAAGAGGGUCACAGCAGACUCACCUGCCAGCGAGGUGGACCGCAUUUUUGCGCUGGUGGACCGCCUGGAGGACCCCGAUGAGGCGCUGUGCGGCGCAGCCGUGGAGGCGGCAGUGCGCGCCUCCCGGCCUAAGCUGGCAAGCCGCUUCAUGGAGACGCUGGGCUCCCGGAAGAGUGCAGCGACCUAUGGGUCCAUGAUCAAACUCCACGGGCAGAACGGGGACCAGCGCCAAGUUUGGUCCACGUGGCGGAUGAUGGCUGAGAAGAGUGUCCAGCCCUCCUCGGUGACUUUGGGCUGCAUGGUGGAGGCCUUGGUCCACUGCGGCCAGGUGAACGAAGCCGCCGCCCUGGUGCGCGAGACUGCUGCCAGUAAUGCCGUCGUCUUGAACACGGUCAUCUACUCUUCCAUUAUCAAAGGCUUUGCACAAGCCAAGCAGAUGGAGAAGUGCUUCGAGACUCUGGAGGAGAUGGAAGUGCAAGGAAUCCCGGGGAACACCAUCACCUACAACACCCUGCUGGACGCCUGCGCCAAGUCUGGCGCGAUGUCGCGGGUGGAGGAGAUUUUCGAGAAGAUGAGGCUCUGCGAGGUGGAGCCAGAUCGGAUCACCUACUCCACGCUGAUCAAGGGCUACUGCGUCUCCGGGGAGUUAGACUGCGCCUUCAAGCUCUUCGAAGAGCUGAAGGCGGACGGGAAGUUGGACCUCGACGAGAUUGUGUACAACUCCCUGCUGGAUGGUUGCGGACGGCAACAGAAGCCCCAGAAGGCCAUGGAGUACUUGAAGGACAUGAUCAGCGUGGGCAUCGCUCCGAGCAACUACACGCUGAGCAUCAUGGUAAAGCUGCUUGGCCGCGCCCGACGAUUGAAGGAGGCCCUGAAGCUGGCCAACGACUACCGCAAGGACUUCAAUCUAAAGCUCAACGUGCAGGUCUACACCUGCUUGAUGCAAGCCUGCCUUUUGAACAGGAAGGUGAGCAAAGCGCUGGAGAUCUACCAGGAGAUGAUUGGUGAGCUGGGACGCUUGCCGGACCGGAAGGCUCACACUGUGUUGGUGGAGGGCUGCAUGGCGGCUUCUGCCUUCGCAGAGGCGGUGAUGGUGAGCCGCUGCGCGUAUGGCUUCGGAUCGCCGGAGCUAGCGGUGAGAAGAGACUCGCAGUGGGUCGGUCUGGAGCCAAAGGCGCUGUCGGACCUGGCCAACAAGGUGAGGGCCGGCAAGAUGGACGCGGAGAGUUGGGAGCGUGCCAUGGAGGUGUUCGACGUGGCAGACCCCAGCGGGAAGUUGCGCGCCAAAGCCAGCGCGCCCCCGGAGCGAAAAGAGAAGGAGUCGGACUAUAGAUGGGAAGGUCGCGAAGAGCCCAGCAGUAGAAGACAAGCUCAGGACCGCGACUGGCAGUCCUGGAGCUGGGGGUCCUGGGAAGGCGACCGCAACUCCUGGCGAGGCGAGUGGAAAGAACGAGGCUAGUCCCAGAGGGGUGCGGCCCUUCUGCUCGCGUGCCAACGCUCACUGGAAGAAGAGGUUUCGCGCCAGGGCGAUGGGUCCGCCUUAGAGGGCCAGGGCACUUGGUGAGUGAUGCAAGU